GCCCUGGCUCCUCCCCUGGCCCCGCCCGGCCACGCCCAUCGCCCCUCCCAUUCGCUGCUACAGGGGAAAAAAACGAAGGAAAAGAAGGGGGGGGUGGGUAAGGAGGGACUGAGAGAGAACAAAAAACGUGACUAGGCACCAAAGUGUUCUGUUAUGCAACUACUGACCUACUAACAUACAUAUUGAGACAGAAGGAGAGAGAGACUGAAAUCGGAGCAAAUCGCCAACAUAACAUGAGGAUUCAAAGCGAGACGCGAGACACGGAGUGCACGCGCUGAAACCCAGCACCAUUCAGCGCUGGUGAGCGGAGGACGACCUCAGCCUACAUUUCAGUCCAAACUUAGAAGACAGAAAGUAAGAAGACUGAAUAAAUGAGAACUACAGCCCCCGAAUAGGAGUGUGCCGCUGAACACUGUGGAUUUUUAGUACACGCCGCAACGUCUGUUAAUCGUGAGUCACAGGACAGGAAUUGGGCCUCUGCGACCUUCGAGCUUCUGAAAAUCUCAAGGCAGACCAUACGACCUACAUCCUGCAAGACACCCUGAAGUGCUGUUGGCCACAUCCCUUGCCUCUCGAAGGUCCUGUGAGGAUUUGGGGGGAUCCCCUUUCGCAUUCUGUAGACUCCAGGAAUUCCUUCCAGCAACUGCGCAGUGAGGAACGUCUGAAAGUCCUGGAGCGAGUCUUUCUCCCUCUUUUUUUUUUUUUUUCCUCACAUCAUCUACUUAAGCUAAAUGAGAGAAUUCCGUUUCCAAUGUCAGCUGAGUGCCAGUAUACAGACGUGGCCUCCAGCGAAGAACAAUGGAAAGCCUGAAUUUGCUUGUUUCUUCGACCGGUUCCAGCAAUCUUGACAAUUUAGAGACGUUCUCCAGCUACAGCGAGAGUCUCCCAUCGCCCCCAAGCAACCCCCCUCGCCCAGCACGCACGACGAAACCCAAGCCCAGCAUGACCUGCCGGCGUAAGCGGGAGUUCAUCUCUGACGAGAAGAAGGACGCCUCCUACUGGGAAAAGCGCCGCAAGAACAACGAGGCGGCCAAGCGCUCGCGGGAGAAGCGGCGGCUCAACGACAUGGUGCUGGAGAACCGCGUCAUGGCGCUCAACGAGGAGAACGUGCGACUGAAGACGGAGCUCCUGCAGCUGAAGCUGCGCUUUGGGCUGAUCAGCUCUGCCUCCUACAUGGAGAAAAGCCAGCAGAUAGGUGCGGGUGGGGGCGGAGGAGGUGUCGGGGGCGCCUCCGCUGGCAAUCUCUAUUUCUCCAGCAGUAGCUACUCCAGCGCCUCGCAGGUGAUGGUGAACUCGGACUCCUCGGAGGCUGAGCAGUCAGGCCGGGGUAACAGGCACACCUUGUUGCCCAAGUACUCCCCACGUGGCUCUCUGUCCGACAUGUCGGACGGCUCCUCCCGGGACAGCCCGGAACCCUAUGCAAUCAAGCAAGAGAGUUUGGGCGUGGACAUCAGUGGCCCAGAGAUGGAUAGUGGGGGCAGCGGGGGCAUGUUCAGCGUCCGUCACAGCCUGGGGUCCUCAGAACACCAGCAGAGUCAGCAGGAGAUGGAGCCCAUGACAGACUACCCGCAUGGACAAGAGGCCAUCACCAGCACUGCCCACCCUUCCAUAGCUACACCACAGAGGAGCGUCAUCCUCUACCGCUCCAGCAGCAGCACCUUCCCCGUCGAUGACCGGCGGUUGCCGGCCCUGGAGCAGCAAUCCGUGCCCCAGCUGCACCAAAGCGCUCCAAACCCCCAUCAAGCCCACGCCAACAAGACGGAGACCUCUGAGACUGUGAUGGAGGUGGCAGACCGGUUAGAGAUGAAGGCUCUGGACUCGCCACCUUAUUCGUACGCCGCUACACACAGUGAUGCAGGAGAGGGACCAGGGCACAGAGCUCAGCACCAGCAGGGCCUCUAUGGUUAUCCAGACCAUGAUGAACAGCAGGACAGCAGUAUAGACUCCUGUGCCCCCGAGCUCUCAAACAGCGUAGAGGAGGGCAAGUCCCAGUCGUACCAGCACCAACACGCCUACCUCAGCCCCAUGAACGAGGAGCCCCCAGUGCUCACCUACGAAGGUGGCCUUGGGUCUGGCGGGUACUACAAAGAGCAUUUAUCCUCCGGCAAGGACACCUCAUCUAGCGACGGAGAGCCCCGGAGUUCAGACAAAGAGACGUUGACUGACGACGAGUCCCCGGCGUCGUCCUCCUCUGAUGCGGGGGGCUACUACCAGCACCCAACUGUGGCACCACAGUCUGUGUCCCCAUCACUUACCCCCGUCUCCCAGAGACACAGUGGGGACAGUCAGCCAGAGCUCAAAGCCACCGCCCUGCCUCAUAAGCUGCGGCUCAAGUACCGGACGCUGGGCAGCGGCUCUGCGGGGACCCAGAGAGAAGCGCUGCCUCCCUCUGUGGUCUCACCCAUCGCCCAGCUUCAACACCCAUCUCUGGCCCCCGGUCCAAGCGACCAGAAGCCGAGUGACGGCAAGGAGAAAGCAGGUCCAGUGUUAUCGGGGAGCUGCAAGAAAGAGCCUGCUUCUCCAGAGCGACAGGAGGGAGGAGAGGGGAGGAAGGAGGGCAGCAGAAAGGAACCAAGUAGUCGGAGUGGAAGAAAUAAGAGGCAUGACUGAGUCACCAUCCUUUGUACUUCCAAUCUCAACUAGACCUGCCCCCAUCCCUGGACCCAGGAAGACCUGAGUCCUUAAACAGACCUUCAACCAUUGCUGGACACCAGGAUGCACUAUUGUGCUGCACUGACUUUAGUGGACAAGUCUCCCGCAAUUCUGUCUGCUCUACUAAGCACUUACAGAUCGACCAACCAAGUUGUGUGAAGGAGAAGGUGGAAUGGAACUCUCUCCUUUAAAAAAAAAAUAAAAAUCUAUGUCAAAAGUGAUUAUAGCACACAGAUAGUCCUGUAAAAAAAGUGAGGCCGUAAUGAAUUCACAGUUUGUGAGGCCUAGAAGUGCCCCUGGUAUUUGUGUGUGGGUGGGUGUGUGUGGUUGUUGUUGCUCGGGCCCCUCACCUCCUCAGCUCUUGGUACCCUGGGGGCCACAUCCCUUGACCAAAGAAGCCGUCGUCUCGUGAAGAGCUCCAUCCGACGUCCUAACCCUAACCCCCCAGCAUUCUGUCUUUUGGUCUUGGCUUUCCAGUACCCUUUAACUCUUCAAGCACUUGGAUUGUAUAUUACUGUGACAUAAAUAUACAUAUUAUAUUUAAAUCUAUUUUAAGAUGAAAACAAAAAAACUUAAAAAAAAAUAAAUAAAUGUGGAACCAAGGAGGAGUAGGGAUGGUUUGUCAGUGUUGAAAUUGUUGUACAGUCUUACCAUAUCUUGUCAGUUGUAACAAAUGCCACUUAAAACAAAAUGUCGUUUAAUUUAUUUUCACAGCACUAUGAGCUUUAUUCUUUGUUGUUUUUUUUUAUAUAUAUAUAUAUAAUCCCCAACGGCACCGUGCCGCUGUGCUCAGCGGGUUGGCCACUUUCCGCUGAAGACGAAGUAAAGCGCCGCUCCCUCUCCUGAGCUGAAGCACACAGUCGAACCUGUGCUGCUGUGGUGGGGGGGCAGAGGGGGGGUGCUAAGACCCACUGGUGCCCACAGUUUUUGGCGAGGCGGAAAUACUUCCGGGGCGGGUAUCCGAGCUGAACCAAGAACCUUGUUGUUGUUUGGCAGCAAAUCGUGCCUCUUUAAAGGUAAACAUGUUUUGACUUUCGCCAAAAAAUAAGUUGGAAAUUAAGGAGAUCAUCAAUAAAUCAAGGUCUGUAUAUGAGAUUUGAUGUCGCAUAAGCGAUCUUGUACGGCACUGGUUCUAGUUCGACCUCAGACCACACAAACUGUGCUCGAAGCAUAUUAGCAGCGAUUGUGAUAUGAAACUAAAUUAUAUCUAUUGUUCUCUGUCUGUGAUCGGGUUCAGCCGGAAACUUAAUGCUACCUCAGUGUAAAGGCACAGUGACGCCUCAGCAGAUUUGUGUCGCGAUCGCAAGCCGCUCUCCUACCGUCACGCCGCGAUUUACCAACGGCGGUUUUAAUUAAUGGAGGAAAAAUAGAACCAAGACAACUGAAAUAGUUCACUGUAAUUUAGGUUGCAAGCAUUCAGCUCGUCACCUGGAAAGUCAUUGGUUUGACACCCCGCCCCUCCCCCAACCCCCAAACAGUUGCCUCCUUGCCUUGUAAUUUGUCUCACUGGGACUGGAGUCCAGAGUCUGCACUGAAUCCGUUUCGCUGCCCUGGUGCCUGUCGUUGGCCAUUGUGUAUACAUGUAUAGUUUUCUCUUUUGGACAGUGUUGUAAGUUUUAUGAUUUUGUAAUAUUAUUUUGGUUUUAUUUUCCCUUUAUUCCCCCCCCCCCCCACAUUACUUUGUCUCCUGACUGUGACAUGUUUUUGAUCCCUAUAAACAUGCUGCAGUGAUUUUUAUUUUUAAUUUUCGUUUUCAGUUUUCUGAAAAGAAGUUGUGUGUGAUGUGAUGGAGCGGGGGGGGGGGGUCACCUUUCCAACCCCCCCAAAAGAGACUGGGUGUACAAGUAGAAACACUAAUGUUAACAGUGAAGAUGGGUGGAAUUCAAGCUCUAAAGAAAAUAAAAAAGGUGUUAAACAGCA